AUGACACUAUUGAUGAAUUACUGGUUGAGUCUGGCUACUCUGUCACUGACAGUGACUACGAGCCAUGCCUUGAGAAGAAUCACCCUGAAGAAAAUGCCAUCCAUCAGAGACACACUGCGGGAGAUGGGUAUUUCAGCAGAGCAGGUGUUGACUGAGCUGGUCCAGAAGAGCACAGCUGACAACAACAAUGGGACUGUUCCCACACCUCUAACCAACUACUUGGAUACUCAGUACUUUGGGGAAAUCAGUAUUGGUUCUCCGGCCCAGAUGUUCAACGUGGUGUUCGACACAGGCUCAGCCAAUCUGUGGGUGCCCUCGCAAAGCUGCUCACCGUUCUCCACUGCCUGUUUUACUCACAACAGAUAUGAUGCCUCCAAAUCCUGGACUUAUGUUGAGAAUGGUACCGGAUUUUCCAUCCAGUACGCCUCUGGAAAUGUCAGGGGAUUCCUGAGUGAAGAUGUGGUCGUGGUCGGUGGUAUUCCUGUGGUGCAGGUGUUUGCCGAAGCCACCUCUCUGUCUGCCAUGCCAUUCAUCUUUGCCAAGUUUGAUGGAGUCCUGGGGAUGGGUUACCCCAACGUGGCCAUUGAUGGCAUCACUCCUGUGUUUGACCGCAUCAUGUCUCAGCAUGUCCUCAAGGAAGAGGUGUUCUCUGUCUACUACAGCAGGGACCCAAAACACUCCCCAGGGGGAGAGCUGGUCCUUGGCGGCACAGACCCAAACUACUACACUGGAAACUUUAACUAUUUGGACACAAGAGAGACGGGCAAAUGGGAAGUUACCAUGAAAGGCGUUUCUGUGGGGACGGAGUUGAUGUUUUGUGCAGAGGGCUGCACAGCGGUGAUCGACACGGGCUCCUCCUACAUCACGGGCCCAGCCUCCUCUGUGUCCAUGUUGAUGAAAACCAUAGGGGCACAGCUGGAUGAAAGUGGAUACAAAGUCAACUGUGACACGGUCAAGACAUUGCCGAGUGUGACUUUCCACCUGGGUGGCCAUGAGUACUACUUAACUCAAGAGGACUACAUCUUAUGGCAGUCACAGAUCGAAGGGGAUGUCUGCACAGUCACCUUCAGGGGCUUGGAUGUGCCACCCCCUACUGGUCCCAUCUGGAUUCUGGGGGCUAACUUCAUUGCCCGCUAUUAUACAGAGUUUGAUCGUCGUAAUAAUCGGAUAGGCUUUGCUACAGCAGUCUGA